CUUGCUUAGAACAGUGAAUACAUAUAAAUCGUAUUAAAAGCUUUAGAGUGUUAAACCAAAGAGUUACAGAAAUUAUAGCAAACAGUUCGUUUAACUGGCAUGGCAACCGACAGAGGAAUUGAAAUGAAUGAAACAGCUCGACACAUGAGAGGACCUGCUUACAGUACAGCUAUGAUGGCAAACUCGACCGGGCAUAAUAAUUACCCCGGCCUGGCCCAGGCGGUCUCAAACCCCGCAGCGGCGGCUUUAUUUCUUCGGGCCUCCGACAAAUACCCAAGAACGCCUAAGUGCGCAAGAUGCCGCAACCAUGGAGUUGUGAGUGCGUUGAAAGGACAUAAGAGAUACUGCCGAUGGAAAGAUUGCUUGUGCCCGAAAUGUACUCUGAUCGCUGAACGACAACGAGUCAUGGCAGCCCAGGUUGCCCUUCGACGACAACAAGCACAAGAGGAAAACGAAACCCGUGAAUUAAGGCUGUUGUACGGUGCUACACAAGGUCUUGCACAGAUGGAGCAACAACAUAUGUCUCAGAUGGUGGUUUCUAACUCGAGAGAUAAUUCGCCAAAUAACCGACAGUCGCCACCAUCGACAACAUACAUUAGCAACGAAAAGACAUCGCCGACAGGUGCAAAACGCGCGCGGCUGGAGUUGUAUAAUCCGAACACCGGCGAGCAGCACUCCCCUGCUCAGGACAUGGCGUCUUCUCCAGUUGAGUUUCGGCCAUCCAACAGUUCAUCUCCGUUAGAAUGCACCGCACAAAUUACAGAAUCCAAUGACGGAAAGUUAAUCUCGCCUGCUUCGUUGGAAAAUCGCUCCGAAACCGUUUCCGGCAGCGAUUCACCAAAAGCCGAUACCCGGAAUGCUGAAAUUCCGCAAACAAAACCAGAUUCGUCUGAUGAGAACUUGUUAAACCAAGCAACAACAGAACCGAUGAAACCAGAAGGCCAGUUAACAAGAUCCAACUUAGUAAUGUUGUGCCGAGUGUUCCCGCAAAAGAAUCCAUCCGAGCUGGAAACGAUUCUCCGCCUUUGUAAUGGAGAUGUUGUAAAAGCAAUUGAAAAGACUCUCAACAACGAAGAAAAUCAAACAAAACCUAGACAACGCAAGAGAUCUCGCAUGAGUUCGUCCCCGAUCGAAGUCAACACUUCCGUAUCUUCUGCAAGUCCACCGAGUCUCCCAGUUUCACGACUUCUUCAAUACACUCCACCAGGCAAUAGGUCGGACAGCCCAUCAUCAAGCGUUGGUUGCGACAGCUCAACACCCCCUACACCAGGAACUACAUCCCAAACCGGAUCUGCCCCUUUCCACUUUCAAUCGUCCACCCCGAGCCACCCUUUUAAAUCGGCCUUCCAUCCGAUGUCAAGCGAAGUCGUACACGCUACAAGCACCCAAAGCGCUCUAGCUGCCGCUAACUUUACCGGCGCCUUCAACGUCGCUUCAAGACCCCGAAACGUACACAACAUGUCCGCUGCUCAGCCCUCGCCUGCUGGGCAUUUCCCUGUUAACAACUUCAACCCUCUUAACCCAUUCGUAGCGUACAAUACGCAGAGCCAGCAUCCUGCAACUCGUGGCAUGGCUGCAUUUGGGAUGUCGCCCUACGUGGCGUCUAGUUUUAUGCCAAGUCUUGCUGCCGCCGCCGCGGCCGGGUUUCGAAGCCAUCCCGUCGUACAAGGCCUUGCAAAGGACUACACAUUCAGUGGCUUUAUGCGUGGCAUGAGUGCCAUGGCUUACAACAAAGAUAAGCUACGUUACAGCAAUGGGGUCCCGAGCAGUUAUAGAUUCGAUUCGUCCGCUUCAGAGGCCUCAUCAUGCUCAAGUGACAAGUAGAAAGUUUUAAACAUAAACUAACAAACUGUUUGCUAAAAAACUGUUUGCCAAUUGGAGCUCCUGUAUUUAGUUUGAAUUGUAUACAUCUCAUUUGAAUGGCGAAGCUGCUUUUACAAAUUGAUUAUUUUUUAACAGAGCCAAUGCAUUCAAACUGCCUACUAUAGUAGAACCUGACGUUUUAACAUGACGAAUUUGUAGGUUAAACAUAACGUUGAUUUGUACCAACCACAUUUUUUCAUUUUAUUUAUGUAUAACUGUCAUUACAUUCAUUUUGCACGCCGUGAGUUUUUUCUUAGUAUAUAUGUACUAAAAUAAACAAAACACUUCAAAA